AAUCCCAUUUAAACAAGCUCACAAUAGCCAAAAUUCAAGAACUCAAAAGAAGUGAGUAUAUUGGGCAUUGAUUGAAGCCUAUCGCUUUUUCUUUUUCCUUUUUUGAGGCAAGAUUAAAGCCUAUCUCAUUCCAAGAAAGCAUAUAUUUUUGGAGCCUGUUCAAUCUCAAAGAAACAAAAAAAGAACCUACAAAGAAGAAUUCAAGAUGGGUGAGAGUGAUAAUAAUGGGAAGGUAUCAAGGGAAGAGGAAGAGCAGCCACUAAGUCCAGCAGCUCGAUUGUUUCAUUCACCAAGCUUCAACUGUUAUAUCAUCGCCAUCUUGGGGUGCAACACAAAGUUCAAACCUGACGUUAUUAAAUCUGGUUUAGAACAGACUUUGCUUAAGCAUCCAAGAUUCUCUAGCAAGCUGGUUGCUGAUGAUGGACAAAGAUGGACAAAGACUAUAGUAAAUUUAGAGGACCAUGUCAUAGUUCCUGAUUUGGAUCCUAACAUAGAUUUUGCAGACCAGUUUGUUGAAGACUACAUAUCAGACCUUACUACAAAACCUAUGGACCUCUCAAAACCAUUAUGGGAACUCCACCUUCUUAACAUUAAAACCUCAGAUGCUGAGGCUGUUGGGGUUUUUAGGAUCCACCACUCAAUGGGUGAUGGUGCAUCUCUAAUAUCUCUUCUCUUAGCCUGUACACGAAAAACAUUGGACCCAGAAGCAUUACCUAGUGUUCCAGAAAAUAUACAAGCAGGUUCAACUAAUUCAGGCGGGUUUUGGUGGUUCUUGUCAGCAUUUUGGUCAGUAUUAAGGUUGAUUUGGAACACUCUAGUGGAUGUGUUGCUGUUUGGGGUAACCAUUAUGUUUAUGAAAGACACAAAAACUCCUAUCAAAGGUGCACCAGGGGUUGAGCACAAUAUCAAAAAGUUUGUGCAUCGGACAAUCAGCUUGGAUGACAUAAAGCUUGUGAAAAAUGCAUUGAACAUGACUGUCAACGAUGUUGUUUUGGGAGUAACUCAAGCUGGUCUUUCGCGGUAUCUAAACCGGAGAUAUGUUAACUCAGCAGGUGAGGCAGAGAUAGAUGGAGGAGAAAAGCAGAGGAAAAGUAAUCUUCCAAAAAGUAUCCGCCUUAGGGCAACCAUUCUUGUCAAUCAAAGACCAACUGUAGGAAUCCAGGCUCUGGCUAAUAUGAUGGAAAAGGGAUCCAAGACCAGGUGGGGUAAUUUGAUUGGAUAUAUCCUCCUCCCGUUCACCAUUGCUUUACAAGACGACCCAUUGGAUUAUGUUCGGACAGCUAAAGCCACCAUUGAUAGAAAGAAGCAUUCACUUGAAUCUAUAUGCACAUUUUCGGGUGGUGUGUUAGUACUCAGAACAUUUGGAGUUAAGGUUGCUGCUGCUUUAAUGCACAAAGUUCUUUCCAACACUACAAUGGCCUUUUCCAGCAUGGUUGGUCCGCUAGAAGAAAUUAGCUUUUAUGGGCAUCCAUUAGCUUACAUUGCUCCUAGUGUUUAUGGGCAUCCACAUGCACUGACAAUCCAUUAUCAAAGUUAUGUAAACAAGAUGACUAUUGCUCUAGCAGUUGACCCAAAUGCAAUUCCUGAUCCUCACCAGCUCUGUGACGAACUAGAGGAAUCGCUGAAACUCAUCCAUGAUGCUAUAGUAAAAAAGGUCUAAGAGGAGGAUCAGUUCAUAGAAAAUAUGUUCUAUCAAAAAAAGAAAUUUGAAGUUCCGGUAAACAUUUACUGGCAUUCUAAUUGACUUGCUUUUAAAGAAAAGAAGAAGAAGAAUCCAAAAUUGAUAUCAAACAAGCGUAGGACCAUUUAGUUUUGGUACAUCUCUUUUCUUUUUUUUCUAUUUCUCUCAACUAGUUUUUACACGAAUUCAUUUCAUACGGCAAUUGUUUAAAUUUUGAAAACCAUUGUUUGACGAUACAAAUGUUACAAGCCAAUUGUCUAGUAGCACUAUUAUACCAGUCACCAUCUACGACAUAAAAAUGCACAGGAAUAAAUUUUGCUCUA